AUGUCAGAAACGGAUGUAGAACAAAUUGAGGAAUUGAUUGACACCGAAAUCAGUGAGUUUUCACCCGAAAAAUCGCGAAAAUUUAAAAAUUGCAGAAAAUGGUGAUAAUCCGACGGAGGGAAUGUCGAAAAAGCAACUGAGACGUCUGAAGUACAAAACAAAGUGGGAGGAGAAGAAAUUGGUGAAACGGGCGGCCGAACGCAUUCGAAAAAAAGAGAAACGGGCGGCGUUGAAGGAGUCCGGCGAAUUGGAUAAAUUGAGGAAGCGGAAAGAUUUUCGAACGAUGGCCCAGAGUAAUAGCAAGGUGCAAGUGCUGAACAUUCACAACAAAAAUCGAUUUUUCAGCAAAGAAUCGCUUUGGACAUGUCAUUCGACGAUCUCAUGAUCGAAAAAGAUCAAAAACGGACGGUCCAACAGAUCGGAUGGUGUUACACGGCCAAUCGGCACGCGCCCAACCCAUUUCAGUUCCACGUCGUCGGUUUCGAUGGGCCUUCCAGAAAAGUGAGCCUAGAAACUUAAAAACAACUUAAAAUCCUAUAAAAACACUCAUUUUCGUUCAGAUUUACGAGGGAAACGAGCACAAUCUCAACCAAGACAUCAAUUUGCACCGCGAGAAGCUGGAGACCGUCUUUCCGCCCGAAGACGUCGUUUAUCUGACUUCCGAAUCGGAAAAUGUGCUCAUGGAGCUCGACGAUUCGAAAAUUUAUGUGAUUGGCGGAAUCGUGGACCACAAUUCGCAAAAAGGACUUUGUCAUCGGAUUGCGCAGGAAAAAGGAUUCGGGCACGCGCGGUUACCAUUGGAUGAGCACGUGCUCAUGAAGUCCCGACGGGUAAGGACCACGAACUUUUGGACCACUUGCAAUGAUCUGAUCGGGACCAAACUUUACAGGCUUCUUGGACUUGGGUUAAAGUGCAUUGGAUCCAAGUUUCAGCCCGAUCGUACCAUCUGGGCCCGAGAUAUGUGGAUCGGAGGCCGAGAAGGCCUCAAUUGUCGCAAAACCCGGGUAUAUCUCGGGACCGGAUAGUUCAAUCGAUCUGAAACUUAAACCCAACAUACUUCAUUCCAAGUCCAAAAAGUCUGCAAAGUUUGGCCCCGAUCGGAUCAUUGCAAGUGGUCCAAAAGCCCAGGACUCGGCCGGUCUUUUGUCCUAAAAAUGCUCAAUAACCCCCGUUUUUUGCAGGUGCUCACCAUCAACCAAGUCUACGAGAUUCUCGUUCAUUUCUCGAUUCACUCGGACUGGAAAGCGGCUCUUUUAUCGAUUAUUCCGGAGCGAAAAAACGCGCAGACCAAAGAGGACUCGACGGAGAAACGAGCGGCGUCGGAAGACGUCGAAGACACGCCGGACGCGAAGAGAUCUGCGGAAAGCGCAUAA